AUGGCUAUGCGGGUGGCAAAUGCGUACCGGACCAUAUCGAUGGAUGCGGUUUGCAUCAUAUUAGGCAUGACUCCCAUCAAAAUUUUAUUGGAGGAAGAUUGUGCCUGCUAUGGACUACGUGGAACGAUGGGAGCACGCAGCAGGAUUGGGACAUCGUGGGAGCACAGAAAACAUGGAGAAGUCAACUUCUACCUGAUGCAGUUCCUGUCAGGUCAUGGAUGCUUCAGGAAGUAUUUGCAUAGAUUCGGACACGCAGAGUCUCCACUUUGUCCGGCCUGUCCGAACUGUGAAGAAACACCGGAGCACGUGAUAUUCGACUGUCCACGAUUCAGGGCAGAACGGAGUUGGAUCUCAACGGUCAGCACUCGAAGCAUAAAUCCCGACAACAUCGUUCAGGAAAUGUGCGAAAAUGAAAAUACGUGGAACAUGGUGAACAGAGCAGUAACGCAGAUCAUGCUGUCGUUGCAGCGAAAAUGGCGUGAAGACCAGAGAGCACUGGACAGUGAGCGAAGGAGAUGA